UGUGUUUCUGUCCUUAUAGUGAAUCUUCAGCUUUAAUGUCUGUGGUGAUGUUGCAUCCACUAACCAUCACACAUGGAAUGAAACAGUAGAAACAAAUCAAAUCUUAGUGUAGUAGCAGGAGUCAACAUUACAUACCAUUGCUCUACAGCUGUCAAUCUCACUCAUUGUGAAAUUAAAGCUAAAUAGAGAUAAAUUGCUCCCUUGACAGACCAGGCUGAUAUCAGCCUAACUAUGGACUGGUUCAAGGCAAGCCUGAGCCAACCCUAACUAAAGCAAAAAGGAGCCAAUUAUGCAUUUCGCAUGUUGUGUCAUCAGAUUCGCUCUGUGCGUAAUGGCCAUUAGGUGUGCCUUUAAAAGAAUCACAUGCUGAUUAGCAAAGAAUCCAGCAGGUGCACCACAAAAUGGCAACAAUAAUAGCAAUAACAACUAUUAUUCUACUGUACAAAAUUUUAUUGUGAAGAUUACAUUUCAUAAGAUAAUGAGAUACAGUAAUGUUAGAGUACAACAGAUAAAGAGUAGGUCCAGGCUGCAUACAUCUUUAUAAAGAUACCAUGAAUGUAAAUUACAAUGUACAUGAAUAUUCUGAUAAUGAGAUAUAAUGAAAAACUGUAGAGGAGAAGGUACUUUCCACAUACAUGAUAUAAUAUGUGAGUAGGAGAAUGUGAAUAUUAUUUACACAGUGGAUGUAAAAUCUAAUUUUCUUAAUAAGGGAAAGGUAUUGAUGUAUGUUAAUUAAAGGAGAAACAGACCCAAACAUGACAGACUGCUUUACCUGGGCAUUACCUUUGAUGUAGGGCUGCACGAUAUUGGAAAAAAAAACAACGGAUAUUGCGAUUUUAUUUAUUUUUUUGCAAUAUAUUGCGAUAUUAAAAAAUACAAGAAUUUUCACCAGAUGACUUAAAUUAGGAAAAUUAAGAAAUAGUGGCGGGGCUUUUACUGGCCACAACUGCAGAGGCUACCAGCUUCAUUUGUAUCCCUCCAUUUUCUAAUUAGGCUUUUAUUGUGAAACAUUUGUAGGAACUUGUGGAGGAUUCAGUUACUUGUAUGUUUCUGUUCUGUACGACAUCUACUGCACGUCUGUCCGUCCUGGAAGAGGGAUCCCUCCUCAGUUGCUCUUCCUGAGGUUUCUACCGUUUUUUUCCCUGUUAAACGUUUUUUUUUUUGGUGAGUUUUUCCUUAUCCACUGCGAGGGUCCUAAGGACAGAGGGAUGUCGUAUCCUGUAAAGCCCUGUGAGCAGGCCUGGAAUUUCGUCAUUUUAGGGGCAAGGCCACUUGGCCUUCCGUGUUGUCAAUUUUUUGAGGGCACAAAGGCCAAAAGCCAGGGCAGCAAGGCCAUAAAAUAAAACAAUGAUUUUAAGUCCACGUUCAUAAUGAAUUUAAGGAGUAACGAUGUAUAACUAUCUGUGAAAUGAAUAAAUAAAACAAGCUCAAGUAAUAAUAAUGAGUAUAAUUAAUAAUGUGAUGCAGCAACAGACUAAAAGAGAGCUGUCAAUGCAAAGAAGCAUAAUAAGUGACAUUAACAGUAUCUAACAACACACACUAUCUCUCUACCAGCAUCUCCGUCUUCCCUCUCCUCCACACACACACACACCUCACCUCCUGAUGCUUUCCUUAUAGGUCAGUUACACAGGAUAUAGUUUUAUAGCCUACAGUCCAUGGCAGCAACAGUCAUGCUUACAACAACAAAGUCACUCUUUAAAACCCAAUAAUAUCUCACUGGAAUAUAAAUUUUCCUCCUGACAUCACAAUACUAAGUGAAGAAAGUCACGUUAUCUCAGCAUGAAGACAAACAUCAGUAUCAGUCAUUCAUCCUGCUCUCUGUCCCUCCUCUACUGAGGACAUUCACUGUCUGCAGGUCGCUGCCUCAGGUACAUGUUCAGAUAAAGUGUUAGCCUACAACAGACAACUUUCAUUUUAGUUUGUCUUUAACACUUUGCUGUUAGCACCGCGAACGCGAUGUGCUUGUGUCGACUGCGAUCAUAAAUCAUAAUAGCGGAGAAUGAGAGACUGCGGACAGAGCAGAUUGAAAUAUGGCUUUCUACAUGCUGAUCACAUGUAGCUAUUGAUAAAGUAUUGGCUUGGCUGGCAGAGGUUUUAUUGCACUUACUCACAGUAACAAGUGUAGUUGUCGUUAACUAGAGUCAUCUUGAAGUUAUAUUCCCUUCAUCUGCACCGCGGCCCCACCGCUGCACAAUGAUGAUACAUGAAACAGAAACUUUAAAAAGUAACGCCGAUAAUGGCGGAGCUUACUGUUAUUACGUUGUUUAUUAAACUUGCCUUGGGUUGUUUAAUACCGGGUCUCGGUACCGAUCCCUGCCCGGGCGUUUGUUGAAGUCUCCUGGUUGGCCGGUGAUAGACUGGUGUCAAACUGUCAUUACAGCCCGUCCGAGCGGUUCAUGCCAGGCUCGAAUCAAACCCACCACUGGUGAUGUACGCAUCGUCUCAUUUGAUGUUGCUCAAUAAGACUGUCAUCGUAUUUUUUUUCUCAAUAGACGCAGGUGUCAAAGCCAUGUUGACAGGAAAGAGGCAGAGGAGAAAACCGCAAAAUCAUCUGGGGCACUGCGGGCGGGGCAUCAAGGCCACUGUGGCCUUAGGGCAGAUAUUUUUUUCAGGGGCACAGGGCCAAAUGAGGAGGGCACGAGAGCCGUGGCCCUCGUGAAAUUCCUGCCCUGCCUGUGAGGCAAAUUGUGAUUUGUGAUAUUGGGCUUUAUAAAUAAAAUUGAAAUUGAAAUUGAAAAUUGGAAAUUGAAUUGUAUGUUUGUGUACGGUACUUCAAAUGUAGCUCCUGUCAUCUGCUUGCGCUUUUUAGGUGACUACAACAACAUUUCGGCUGGCACGUGAACAGACACAGUGACUCAAAUAAUAGUAAAAGUAAUAAAAAUAGGACAAGAAUAACCCGAUGACAUCACACACGUCGUGAAAGACGACUGGGGAUAAUUGGUGUGUACCAUCGUGUAGUCUCUCAUGUCUUUGGCCAAGUCAUGGCACGAUUAUAUGACUCCACAAUCGUGUAAUGUGACAUAGUGACUUUCAGAACGGGCAGAAGUCGUGUAGUGUGUACCAGGCCUAAAUCGUCCUUUACUGUUUCUCCCUCUUGCAUGUUGCUCAUUUUCAGUGUGUGACUGCAGCAUGUGCAUGAGAGGGGGAGGGGCUGCUGAGAGAGGGGGAGGCGAGCGGAGCAGAGCAAAGAGCUCUCUUCAGCACUGCUUUUCUGAAGCAAAACAAAAGUUUACAUGUUCUAAAAAGAAAACAUCGCAUGUCCUGCGAUGUGACUAUCGUACAUCGCGAUGACGAUGUUCAAACGAUAUAUCGUGCAGCCCUACUUUGAUGCGUGACUGACAGACAGUAGUCUUCUUUAGAACUUUAGAACUUUAUUUUAUUUUUGUCCCCAGUGGGGCAAUUCAUUUGCAGGAGUGUGGACAUGACAUAUAACAUACAUAUACAUAUACAUAUAAAACAACAAAACACAGAGGCAAGGCACAGAUAUACACAAAUAAUUAAGGCACACUGAGCAUCACUUACUGCUGCUGGUUGCUGCUUGUGCAUGCGCCCUCUACUUCUUAGUGUUGACAGAAUGCUGACCUGCAAUCUGUGAAUUGUUUGACAAUGCAACAACUACUACAAGAGAAACAUUUACGUUUUAUGGUGUUUAAAAAAAAAAAAAGUCAAUAAAUCUGAGCUGCAGUUUAGGGCAGGUAGCAGUAUGGUCACUUUUUUGUAUUUUUGAAUUUUGUAACUGACAUUUAGUGAAGCGUAACUCAGGCACACACUGGCCCUCAUUUAUCCAUCUUGCAUGGAAACGGGUGCAGAUCUGAGCGCAGGAUUCAUCUUACGAUAGGACACACGUGUGAUUUAUGAAACGUUCGUAUCUGACCAAUCCCAGCGUACGAAUGAUCAGGCCUUGAUAAAUGCAGCGGCUGAAAUCGAUCGUCAUUAGCGUGUCACGCCCUUAAAUAUUUGUGGUUCAGAGGCCUCGCUCUUUGAGGUCACAACAUGGAGAGGAGAAACAUUGCAAAGCAGAGACACUUUUCCGAGCUGGAAAUCGACACCCUCACGUCUGAGGUGGAGGUAAAUAAAGAUGGGCUUUUUGGAAGUUUAAAAACUGGCAUUAAAGGAGCCCAUAAAAACGCUGUCUGGAAGAAGAUCACGGAGGCAGUCAACAGUGUCGCCGCUGACAAACGGACUCCAGCUGAGGUCAAGAAAAAGUGGUCAGACUUAAAGCUGGCGACAAAAAAGCGUGUUGCUGCCCUUAGGCGCAGCAGCACGCAGACUGGAGGAGGCCAACCAGACCCCAGCCUGACCCUGACAGGGACCGAGGAAAGAAUCUCCCCACUAAUUGGGUCAGAAUCUAUCUCUGGCAUAAGUGGUGGUGGUGGAGACACAGACGCACUUGCAUCGGAGCCGGAGCAGAAUGAGCCAGGCACCAGUGGCAUGGCAUCCAGGUCUUCUCCCCAGAGUGGUCCCAUCGAGCCAGACCCACCAAGCCAGGCAACCGAGGGCGAGCAUGUGCCCUCCGCCUCCCGUGCUGGGCCAAGACCAGCAAUCAUCACGGCAGAGGUCCUGGAAAGGCAGACACAAAUUAGCCGUUUAUUGGCUUCAGUUGUUAGCACGCUUGAGACAAUUAAUAACACACUAAAAGAAAUGAACGAGAAUCUAAAAAAAAAAAAGACCUGAAUAAAAUGUUUAAAUGAAUAAACGUUGUCCAUUGUCUGUAUUGAAUAUCCCUUUAGCCAAUAGCCCCUAGGCUAUACUUGCAUUACAUUACUGAUUAAAUACUAUAGAGCACUUACACAGCUUUAAGGUAUACUUUACAUUUUAGAAGCGAUGAAUGAGGUCCUGUCUCCUCCGUAUAGUGCCCAGUGGAGGCUGGUUCCCUGGUCAUUGGUUCAUCUGGCUGCGCCGGCACAUCAGACGGCACAGAUUUCUGUUUGUGGAUGUCAAAUUUUAGAGUAUAAUAAUGUAUAGGCCUGUCUAUUAAAUGUAUAGUUAUCAUGUUUAGGCUGUUUAGCCUAUCAUUAUUUUUUUUUUUCCAAAAAAAUCAGUAGGGCCUAUCAGUAAGAACAUAGGCUAUUUUAUGUUAUUUUAUUUUAUUGUUUUAUUCGUUUUGGGAAUCCUUUUUUAAUAUGUAGGCCUACUGAAUAUGUGGCUGCUUGUGCUUAGAUGACAAGUUUAAGCUUUGUUUAAUAAUUAUUUUCAGACUCAGCCAGGUUUUGCUGUACUGCACCGCAAAUCCACAUUGAAUCAAACUUGCGUACACGAGCUGAGACCUGACGUGAGAUUUGAUCGUAGCGUCCGCUCACAUCCAAAUUGAUAAAUGCCGAGCCUUGCGUGGAAAUGGUCGUGCGCACAGUUUUCUGCCAUACGUUCGUUUGAUAAAUGAGGGCCACUGUGUUUUGCCAUUUUUAGGGUUAGUGGGAUGCAUGUGAGGCAUGGGCCACACUGCUCCUCAGAUGUAUUAUUAUUUUACUGUUAUUUGCACAUCAUGUCCUCUCU